AUGGCUAUAGGCGAGACUGCUAAAGGCCUCUAUCCUCUCGACUCUGUACGCACUAUGCAUUCAAUAUGUCGCGAAGCUGAGUCUGCGAUGUAUCUCGAUCGGCUAUUUGAGGACCUCAAGGUUUCGCUCUCAGAGCCUACUGAUAUGACACACACAACUGCUAUCGCUGCCGUCGAGGCAGCUCAGCGUUGUAAGGCUGCUGCCAUUAUUUGCAUUACUACAACCGGGCGGUAA